AUGGCCAAGCUUACUUCGAUCGCCCUCUGCGCCAUGCUCACCUCUUCGUCGGCCUUCACUCCAACCUUUUCAAGUCCCAAGCAAUACACAUGCUUGCGGAUGUCUGAUUUGCCAAGACAAGCAAUUCCGGACAGCAUUUACAUGCAGAUUGCGAUGGAAAUACCAUCGAAGAAUGGACAUACCGCAACUGGCUUCCCAAAUCUGCAAGAGCAAGUCAUACCGCAACAAGUGCAUCCCGUCGAAUCGGACCGUGUUUCGUUAUCAGCCCAACCUUUACGGCAAAAAUCCAAACCGACCUUGCCUAAGAAAAUGACAGCGAAACACGGAGAUGGUUUAUUCUCUCCGCUUGUAAAACUUUUCAAGGCCGCUUUGGGCGACGACCGUCUAAACAAGAUAAGAGCUAAGGCGAUUGCAACACACUCUGAAGUUAUCGCCUCAUUUGUCGAAACAGCUGAAUCUGCCUCAGGUGAAGCAGUCUUGGAUACUCUUUUUGCUUUAUCGGACAAGAACGGCGAUGGGCACAUCGACGAAGGUGAGCUCAAAGAAGCUCUUCGAACCCUGGGCUUUGCGUGGAUCGAGGAAAAGCAAGCGAAGGGCAUUCUAAGCCGAGCAGAUAAGGAUAAAAAGGGGUACAUUACAAAAGAUGAAUGGAAGGCCGAAGCUCCAAAGACGCUCCGGACAAACCUUACCAAGCUUGCAAAGAAGAACGGCGGUGACCUGGGUUUUCUUGUGUAG